GCACUGUUACGUGCAGUAGCUUACUACUGCCGUCUGUGUUUCUGUAGUUACUUAUUUAAUAAAGUACGUACUUCUGCUACUACAGUUCACGCUGUAAAGCUUGAUCUUAUUGGGUAACGGCCAAAUGUCGAUUUUUGCAUGUCCAAGGAUAGUUUCAACUUGCUUGUAAAGGAUGCAUUCCAUAGCGGAUGUUGAGUCUGCUAGCUAUUAUGAGCACAUUUUUGAAUAUAAUAAUCCUGACUCUUUCUUUGAUUUAAGCACGCCAGUAUUAGUGGACAAAUGCCCCGAAACCUAUCGAACCAUCUUUGACAAACCUAUUGGCUCGCACCAUAAUAUCGACGAACUUAAACAGUGGUGGAGCAAUCAAAAAUCAGAUCAUAACAUCGAUUACCGUUACAAUUUAGAUAAAAUUCGUGCCAUUCGUCACCAUUUAACAAAGCUCAUCACGAACAGAAUUUCAGAAAUGCAAUGGAGCUCUACUCACUUGCAGAAGUCUUCCUCCGAAAUCGGCCUGAUGAUGCCUUUAAUACACAGCAGCCGUUCACCGACAACUGCUCGGUCCGCAAAAAGUCCACAUCGGGUGCCAAUUACGCCAAAACUCCAUUCAAAAAGAGCUGAGAGGAAACUAUUUAAUGAUGAUAACGUUGCAAACAGCAUUUCUAUGCCGCUCAAAACAGAAGGCCUUUCACCUAUGUUUACUGGCAAUGAAGAUACGUGUAGAAGACUAUCAUCGUCGUCCCAUGGCUCUAUAACCAUUGAUCUUAGCGAAAAUUCUAGUACUGCCUCUAGUCAUGACAUGUCGUCCCUACAAAGCAGUGCCACGUUCUAUCUACGCGGAAAUGAAAAUCCACCUUCUCUAUCGUCCAACGAAUCCGAAUUUGCUGUUCCCAUGAUUGGACAACGAAGUCCCUCCCUAGAAGAAUCACUGUGUCAAGAAGUGAAUCGACGCAGUUGCGAAUUCCGCAAAGUAUCACACAGUAAUUCAAGGUCCAGUUACCUCACCGGCUUCGAGCAAGUCGCGGUGACGCUGGAUUACGAAGAAGAAGGUGAUAUCUGUAUUACGCCUGCAGAGAUUGAAUUCGGUUUACAGCAGCUGAUUGACGAUUCCGUGCAUAAUUUGACUUGGGCCACAAAAACUUUAUUCAAGUAUCGCUCCCUCGUGCAAAGUCGUCAGCGAUUGGCGGAACUAAAGCACGAAAGUGCUACAUUUUUGCCCGUGACCUUCGACGAACCCUGCAGGUUCUUCGUUUCCACGCCACAGUUGCCGUCACAAAAGAGAUUAUCAAAAGAGGCUAAUAAGAGAGACAUUGUAUCGUUGACUUCGGUGCCCCAUGCAUUACACGAAGAAAAAGAAUACCGUCACGCGGAUCCGGUAGAGUCGAAAACCACUUUCAGCGAGUGCGAAGGAGAAAAACAAAUAUCGUUUCAGAAACGUGACAUGAACAAUUCGCAUACGCAAAAAGAAAGCGAUCGCGAAGCACCAAAUUUAUCACACACUCCCGCCUCGAUGGACGACGUUUUCAAAAAUCGGAUACCAAAGAUGGUGGCCAAUCAGACUCUGACGCCUGCACAAUCCCAUAUACAAAAAGCAGAGCAGAAUUACUCUGAAAAGCAGGAAAUUAGCGAUUAUUCUCCUGGCAUCUUUACGGAGGAUCAUCCUACCGAAUGGGGGCAGACAUUCGCACUUGGUGCGGUGCCUUGCUCGGAAAGCAAUGCGAUUUCACCAUUGUCGGAUUGUUCUUCCUGCACUCUCGAAGCAGAACCAUACGAAAUGAAUAUUCACUUUACCAAGCGGCUAAGCAAAGAUUCAGAGCAUCAGAAUCACCCUGACGUACAACUAGAUUUUCGCUAUCUGAAAUCUUGUGCUGACUUCAUGCAAGAACUGGAAGCAGCUAGUGGCAAAAGAUGUUCUGCUGAGCCGCCGUCCUCACAAUGGCUCUCCACCGAUAGUUCUGUCCGAGUUGCGCCUCGAUUGCAUCAUUUUAAAUCAGCGCGUCCGUCAAACUUGUACAAUGAAAGCAGUGCCCCAGCGACCAGUCGAGCGCCCUCGGUUUCGGACGAAAACUGUUUAGAAUCCCAUGCGAUUUCGGACGAAAAUGGCAUCGACUUCGAAGAGGGAGCAGAAAACGGGGCACAACAAUCGCUGUUAAUCCAUUUACCCAUAAUGACACUUCUCGAGAAAAACGAACCUUCCGCCAAACUGUCAUUCAAUCAAUCCAACGAAAUGACUUCAACGUGCAUAUAUUUUUACUGGAAUCAUAAUCUGAAGCAAUUCGGAUUAGAUAAACGUCGUGCCGCAGGAAUAUAUGCAAAAAUUGAGAUGUUAGAGAAAUGCAUGAAAGGGAUUUUAAACAGUGACUCCGCGGCAUCUCGGAGCCGAAUACAAGCGAACGAUCUGUCCAGAAAAGUUAUUGAAAAUCUUUGUUUGUCGGGGGAAUAUCUUCAAAUCUGGCCACGCAGUCAUCCCGUCGAAGCAAGAAGCAUCAAAUUAAUGGUUAUCGUUCCAGAUGUUUUGUGUGAGGGGAUUUUUGAGGAAAAUUUACGGGAAGGAUUGUAUUAUCUGCGUAAUAUAAUGCAGAGCAAAGAUAAAGAAAUUUUAAUUAUUUCUAGUAAAUAAACCCCGCAGUGCUCCAAUUUCGAUCACUUCCUGCUACAGUAAAACCUGCCUCUUCGUAAACCUGGUAACCAAAUACACAUGGAA